AUGGCGGCCACCAUGAAGAAGGCGGCUGCAGAAGAUGUCAGUGUUACUUUCGAAGAUCAACAAAAGAUAAAUAAAUUUGCGCGGAAUACGGGUAGAAUCACAGAGCUAAAGGAAGAAAUAGAAUUAAAAAAGAAACAACUCCAGAACUUAGAAGAUGCUUGUGACGACAUCAUGCUCGCAGAUGAUGACAGCUUAAUGAUACCUUACCAGAUUGGUGACGUCUUCAUUAGCCAUUCUCAAGAAACACAAGACAUGUUAGAAGAAGCAAAGAAAAAUUUGCAAGAAGAAAUUGAUACCUUAGAAUCCAGAGUAGAAUCAAUUCAGCGGGUGUUAGCAGAUUUGAAAGUUCAGUUGUAUGUAAAAUUCAGCAGCAACAUAAACCUUGAAGCUGAUGAAAGUUAA